AUUGGGUCCUGAAACACGUGACUCGUAUUCUCAGCCUCCCUGGAACGACGUUGCUGAGUUUCAGUCCAACCUAUAAAUCUGUAACUGAAACGGGCAAGAAACAAUCGUUCACGCAUGUUGUUUUGACGUUUCUCACACGGUCGACUUUUGCGUUUAUAGAAAAAAUGCUGCAUCUCAGACAACUCGGAGUUCGGUUGAUGAGCACAUCAGCAGCUUCAGGAACAACUAGAUCAGGGAAAUUGUUAGAUUCAGUUAUAAGAGUAGAUCACGCUGGAGAAUUAGGAGCCGAUAGAAUAUAUGCUGGACAAAUGGCUGUCUUAGGUAAAACAUCUGUUGGCCCUACUAUUCAACAUAUGUGGGAUCAAGAAAAGAAACAUCGUGCAAAGUUUGAGGAGUUAAUUAGAAAAUAUCGUGUAAGACCUACUGUUUUGACACCUGUUUGGAAUGUUGCUGGAUUUGUCCUUGGUGCUGGAACAGCACUCAUGGGAGAAAAAGCAGCUAUGGCAUGCACAGUAGCUGUUGAAACAGUGAUCACAGAACAUUAUAAUGAUCAACUGCGUGCAUUGAUGGAAAGUGAUGAAAAAGUCGAUGAAGAGGUUUUAGAAACAAUUAAAAAAUUCCGCGAUGAAGAACAAGAACAUCAUGACACAGGCAUAGAACAUGGCGCAGAACAAGCACCAUUUUAUCAAGCUUUAACAAAUGUUAUUAAAUGUGGCUGUAAGACUGCUAUAUCAAUAUCCAAAAUUAUAUAAAUUACAUAAUUUAUUAGUAUGAAAAUAUUAAUGUUAGUAUGAAAAUGUAAUAUUAACGAAUUAAUUUUAUAUAAAAUAAAAUAAUAUCUGUUUUAUA